AUGGCGUACCCACCGAGGUUAUGCUUCACUGUAAUUUCUUCCAUCUUUCUCGUGUGUGGACCGGAACUAAUUUCUGGUCAAAUUCGAUAUUCUAUUCCCGAGGAAAUGGAGCAAGGCGCAUUUGUUGGGAAUAUCGCUCAAGAUUUGGGAUUGAAUGUACGAAAAUUGUCAGCUCGCACAUUUCGACUGAGUUCUGAUGACGGAGGACGGUAUAUGGCGGUUAACGUGGAUAAUGGUCUGCUGUCUAUUCGUGAAAGAAUCGACAGGGAACGUAUUUGUGGACAAGAAGGUAUGUGUACUAUACCUUUGGAAAUAAUACUGGAAAAUCCUUUUGAGGUGCAUCGCGGGGAAGUGGAGAUUCUUGAUGUAAAUGACAACACGCCCACUUUCCGGGACAGUAGCAUUGUCUUGCAGAUAUCCGAAGCGAUUCCACCUGGUGUACGCUUUCGUCUCGAGAGCGCGGAAGAUCCCGACAUUGGAAUAAAUACUGUGGCCGCCUACGCUCUCAGUAUGAGUGAGUACUUUAGUCUGAAAACACGGAGAACCGAGGAGGGCAUUAUAAUUGCCGAGUUGUUGUUAGAGAAAUCUUUGGAUCGGGAGCUGCAGUCAUCCUUUCAGCUGGUGCUAACGGCGACUGAUGGUGGGAUCCCUCAGAGAUCCGGCACAGCUCAGAUUCUUAUAACUGUAUUGGACUUCAAUGAUAAUCCACCUGCAUUCGAGCAUGAUGUUUACAGGGGCAGCAUAAAUGAAAACGCACCGAAAGGCACCUUAGUGAUGAACGUUAAAGCAAAUGAUUUAGACGAAGGGCUGAAUGCUGAGCUGACAUAUUCUUUCAGUGAUCUUACUUCACAAAGAAUCCGUGGUGUGCUCAGUUUGGUCCCGGAUAGUGGAGAGAUUCUAGUUGAAGGGCCGCUGGAUUUUGAAGAAGCAAACAGCUACGCACUGGAUGUCCAAGCUGUUGAUCACGGUUCACCUGCAAUUACAGGACACUGUAAAGUGCUGAUCAAGGUCAUUGAUGUGAACGACAACGCACCCGAGAUAAAAGUGACGUCAGUCGCGAACAAAAUCCCAGAAAAUGCUCCACCGGGAACUUACAUAACUUUAAUCAAUGUCAUCGAUCGUGACUCUGGAGAGAACGGUCAAGUGCGCUGCGAGGUACCAAAGAACGUCCCUUUUCGGCUACAAACAUCAUCUAAACAUAUCAGAUUAAUUACCAGUGGAACUUUGGACCGUGAAGUGGUCUCGGAGUAUAACAUAACUAUUUCAGCCUGGGAUUUGGGGUCCCCUUCACUAUCAACAAAGAAAACCAUCCAGAUUGCAAUUACUGAUGUAAACGAUAACGCCCCUCGGUUUGCUGAACCCUUCUACAACAUAUAUGUAACUGAAAAUAACGCUCCUGGCGCUUCUGUUUUCACAGUAACCGCGUCCGAUCCUGAUCUGGACCAGAAUUCCUAUGUUUCUUACUCCUUUGUGGACAAUCAUAUUCAAAACAUGCCUGUGUACGCUUACUUCAGCAUUAACUCAAUGAACGGGACCAUUUACGCGCUGCGCUCUUUUGACUACGAGGAACUCAAAACCUUCCAGAUCCAUGUUCAAGCCUGUGACGCUGGAGUGCCCCCGCUGAGCAGCAGCGCUACAAUAAAGGUGAUCAUCCUUGAUCAAAAUGACAACGCUCCGGUAAUUGUUUCACCUUCAACACAGAGUGGAUCAGCAGCAGUGGAAAUUGUGCCCCAAUCAGCUGGCCAAGGGUACUUAGUCACCAAGGUAAUGGCAGCUGAUGCAGAUUCUGGUCAGAACGCACGGCUCUUUUAUCAGAUGGUGAAAUCCACCAACCCCAGUUUGUUUACCAUUGGACAACAUUCUGGUGAAAUCAGAACAGUGCGCAACAUCGUGGAGUCGGAUCUCACCACACAAACUUUGGUCAUCUUGGUAAAGGACAAUGGGCAGCCAAGCCUUUCCAGUACGGUUACAAUUCUCGUUACAGUUUUGCAGAAUAGCACAGAAAGAGUCACCGAAAGUAGUAGUUUAGUAGAAAAUCCAGAAUAUUUCUCUGAUCUAAAUCUUUAUUUAAUCAUCAUUUUCAGUUGCACUUCUAUUAUCUUUCUCCUGAUCAUUGUUCUGUUGAUUGGCAUCAAGUGCAAACAGGGCAGAAAUAUUACACAAGAGUAUGAUUCCGCAAGUUACUGCUAUAAACGUGGAGAUUCGCACGACACGUUUAAUCGAAGACCUGCAAUGGAGGAAACGUUACGCUAUCCUGGCACUGGCCGGGUGGUCCAUGUGCCAGACAUGCAUCAAUACUCGGUCUGUCUGUCUCCAGAAUCAGCGAAAAGUGAUUUUCUCUUCUUGAAGCCAUGUGGUGCUCCCACCUCUCAGGCCCAGUUUCUGGUGAAGGGUACCAGACCUGAAGCGAUUGAAUACGGAACAAUGGCGUACCCGCCGAGGAUUGUUUUCAUUGUGAUGGCUUUCAUGUUUCUCGUAUGUGCACCGGAUCUAAUCUCCGGGCAAAUUCGUUAUUCUAUUCCCGAGGAAAUGGAGCAAGGGGCAUUCGUUGGGAAUAUCGCUCAAGAUUUGGGAUUGAAUGCACGGAGAUUGUCAGCUCGCAAAUUUCGACUGAACUCUGAUGACGGAGGACGGUAUAUGGCGGUUAACGCGGAUACUGGUCUGUUGUCUAUUCGUGAAAGAAUCGACAGGGAACGCAUUUGUGGACAAGCCGGUAUGUGUACUAUACCUUUCGAAAUAAUAGUGGAAAAUCCGUUGGAGGUGCAUGGUGGGGAAGUGGAGAUUCUUGAUGUAAAUGACAAUUCCCCUACUUUCCGGAACAGUAACAUUACCUUGCAGAUGUCCGAAGCGAUUCCACCUGGAGUGCGCUUCCGUCUUAAGAGUGCGGACGAUCCCGACAUUGGAAUAAAUACUGUCGCCGGCUACGCACUCAGUUCCAGUGAGUACUUUAGUCUGAAAACACGGAAAACCGAGGACGGUAUUAUGAUUGCCGAGUUGCUGUUAGAGAAACCUUUGGACCGAGAGCUACAGUCAUCCUUUCAGCUGGUGCUGACAGCAUCGGAUGGUGGGAACCCUCAGACAUCCGGCACAACUCAGAUUCUUAUUACUGUAUUGGACAUCAAUGAUAAUCCACCUGUCUUCGAGCAGGAAGUCUACAGGGGCAGCUUACCUGAAAAUGUACCAAAGGGCACCUUAGUAAUGAAAGUUAAAGCAAAUGAUUUGGACGAAGGGCUGAAUGCUGAGCUGACAUAUUCUUUCAGUGAUCCUAUUUCCUUGGGAAGAGUGCAGGAUUUGUUCAGUUUAUGUCCUGAUACUGGAGAGAUUGUCGUUGAAGGGCCGCUGGAUUUUGAGGAAGCAAACAGCUACUCACUGGAUAUUCAAGCUGUCGAUCGCGGUUCACCUGCAAUUACGGGACACACCAAAGUGGUGCUCAAGGUAACGGACGUGAACGACAACGCACCCGAGAUAAAAGUGACGUCAGUCGCGAACAAAAUCCCAGAAAAUGCUCCACCGGGAACUUUCAUCACCUUGAUUAAUAUUGUUGAUCGUGAUUCUGGAGAGAACGGUCAAAUGCGCUGCGAGGUACCAAAGAACGUCCCUUUUCGGCUACAAACAUCAUCUAAACAUAUAAGAUUAAUUACCAGUGGAAUUUUGGACCGUGAAGUGGUCUCGGAGUAUAACAUAUCUAUUUCAGCCUGGGAUUUGGGGUCCCCUUCACUAUCAACAAAGAAAACCAUCCAGAUUGCAAUUACUGAUGUAAACGAUAACGCCCCUCGGUUUGCUGAACCCUCCUACAACAUAUAUGUAACUGAAAAUAACGCUCCUGGCGCUUCUGUUUUCACAGUAACCGCGUCCGAUCUUGAUCUGGACCAGAAUUCCUAUGUUUCUUACUCCUUUGUGGACAAUCAUAUUCAAAACAUGCCUGUGUACGCUUACUUCAGCAUUAACUCAAUGAACGGGACCAUUUACGCGCUGCGCUCUUUUGACUACGAGGAACUCAAAACCUUCCAGAUCCAUGUUGAAGCCCGUGACGCUGGAGUGCCCCCGCUGAGCAGCAGCGCUACAAUGAAUGUGAUCAUCCUUGACCAAAAUGACAACGCUCCGGUAAUUGUUUCACCUUCAACACGGAGUGGAUCAGCAGCAGUGGAAAUUGUGCCCCAAUCAGCUGGCCAAGGGUACUUAGUCACGAAGAUACUGGCAACUGAUGCAGAUUCUGGUCAGAACGCGCGGCUGUUUUAUCGGAUGUUGAAAUCCACCAACCCCAGUUUGUUUAUCAUUGGACAACAUUCUGGUGAAAUCAGAACAGCGCGCAACAUCUUGGAGUCGGAUCUCACCACACAAACUUUGGUCAUCUUGGUAAAGGACAAUGGGCAACCAAGCCACUCCAGUACGGUUACAAUUCUCGUUACAGUUUUGCAGAAUAGCACAGAAAGAGUCACCGAAAGUAGUAGUUUAGUAGAAAAUCCGGAAUAUUUCUCUGAUCUAAAUCUUUAUUUAAUCAUCAUUUUCAGUUGCACUUCUAUUAUCUUUCUCCUGAUCAUUGUUCUGUUGAUUGGCAUUAAGUGCAAACAGGGCAGAAAUAUUACACAAGAGUAUGACCCCGCCAGUUAUUGCUACAAACAAGGAGAUUCGCUCGACACGUUUAAUCGAAGACCUGCAAUGGAGGAAACGUUACGCUAUCCUGGUACUGGCCGGGUGGUCCGUGUGCCAGAUAUGCAUCAAUACUCGCUCUGUCUGUCUCCGGAAUCAGCGAAAUGUGAUUUUCUCUUCUUGAAGCCAUGCGGUGCUCCCACUUCUCAGUUUUGCAAAUUAACUGAAUGCGGAACAAUGGCGUACCCGCCGAGCAUUGCUUUCAUUGUGGUUGCUUGCAUGUUUCUCGCAUGUGCACCGGAUCUAAUCUCCGGCCAAAUUCGUUAUUCUAUUUCCGAGGAAAUGGAGCAAGGGGCAUUUGUUGGGAAUAUCGCUCAAGAUUUGCGAUUGAAUGUACAGAAAUUGUCAGGUCGUAAAUUUCGACUGAGCUCAGAUGACGGAGGACGGUACAUGCAGGUUAAUGUGGAUAAUGGUCUGUUGUCUGUUUGUGAAAGGAUAGACAGGGAACGUAUUUGUGGACAAGCAGGUAUGUGCACUUUACCUUUCGAAAUAACACUGGAAAAUCCGUUGGAGUUGCAUCGCGGGGAAGUGGAGAUUCUUGAUAUAAAUGACAAUUCGCCCACUUUCCGGGAGAGCAACAUUGCCUUGCAGAUGUCCGAAGCGAUUCCACCUGGGGUACGCUUCCGUCUUAAGAGUGCGAUCGAUCCCGACAUUGGAAUAAAUACUGUCUCCGCCUACGCACUCAGUUCCAGUGAGUACUUCAGUCUGAGAACACGGAAAACCGAGGACGGCAUUAUAAUUGCCGAGUUGCUGUUAGAGAAAUCUUUGGACCGAGAGCUACAGUCAUCCUUUCAGCUGGUGCUGACAGCCACGGAUGGUGGGACCCCUCAGAGAUCCGGCACAGCUCUUAUUCUUAUUACUGUAUUGGACUUCAAUGAUAAUCCACCUGUCUUCGAACACGACGUUUACAGGGGCAGCUUACCUGAAAAUGCACCAAAAGGCACCUUAGUGAUGAAAGUUAAAGCAAAUGAUUUUGAUGAAGGGCUGAAUGCUGAGCUGACAUAUUCUUUCAGUGAUCUUAUUUACCUGGGAAGAGUGCAGGAUCUGUUCAGUUUAGGUCAUGAUACUGGAGAGAUUCGCGUUGAAGAGCCGCUAGAUUUUGAGGAAGCAAACAGCUAUUCACUAGAUAUUCAAGCUGUUGAUCACGGUUCACCUGCAAUUACAGGACACUCCAAAGUGGUGAUCAAGGUAACGGACGUGAACGACAACGCACCCGAGAUAAAAGUGACGUCAGUCGCGUACAAAAUCCCAGAAAAUGCUCCACCGGGAACUUUCAUCACCUUGAUUAAUAUUGUUGAUCGUGACUCUGGAGAGAACGGUCAAGUGCACUGCGAGGUACCAAAGAACGUCCCCUUUAGGUUGCAAACAUCAUCGAGCUAUUAUAAAUUAAUUACCAGUGAAACGUUGGACCGUGAAGCGGUCUCGGAGUAUAAAAUAUAUGUUUCAGCCUGGGAUAUGGGUUACCCUUCACUGUCAACAAAUAAAACCAUCCAGAUUGCAAUUACUGAUGUGAAUGAUAACGCCCCUCGGUUUGCCGAACCCUCCUACAACAUAUAUGUGACUGAAAAUAACGCUCCUGGCGCUUCUAUUUUCGCAGUAACCGCGUCCGAUCCUGAUCUGGACCAGAAUUCCUAUGUUUCUUACUCCUUUAUGGACAAUCAUCUUCAAAACGUGACUGUGUCCACUUACCUCAGCAUUAACUCAAUGAACGGGACCAUUUACGCGCUGCGCUCUUUUGACUAUGAGGAACUCAAAAACUUCCAGUUCCACGUUAAAGCCCGUGACGCUGGAGUGCCCCCGCUGAGCAGCAGCACUACAGUGAAUGUGAUCAUCCUGGAUCAAAAUGACAACGCUCCAGUAAUUGUUUCACCUUCAGCACAGAGUGGAUCAGCAGCAGUGGAAAUUGUGCUCCAGUCUGUGGGACAAGGGUACUUGGUCACCAAGAUAAUGGCAACUGAUGGAGAUUCUGGUCAGAACGCGCGACUCUUCUAUCAGAUGAUGAAAGCUACCGACCCCAGUUUGUUUACCGUUGGGCAAUAUUCUGGUGAAAUCAGAACAGCGCGCAAUUUCUUGGAGUCGGAUCCCACCGCACAAACUUUGGUCAUCUUGGUGAAGGACAAUGGGCAGCCAAGCCUCUCCAGCACGGUUACAAUUCACAUUACAGUUUUGCAAAACAGCACCGAAAGAGUCGCUGAAAGUAGUAAUUUAGUGAAAAAUCCGGAAUAUUUCUCUGAUCUCAAUCUUUAUUUAAUUAUCAUUUUCAGUUGCACUUCCAUUGUCUUUCUUGUGAUCAUCGUUCUGUUGAUUGGAAUCAAGUGUAAACAUGACAGAAAUAUAUCCCAAGAGUAUGAUUCCGCCAGUUAUUGCUACAAACGUGGACAUUCACACGGCAUGUUUAAUCGAAGACCUGCAAUGGAGGAAACCUUGAGCUAUCCCGGGACUGGCCGGCUGGUCCGUGUGCCAGACAUGCAUCAAUACUCGGUCUGUCUGUCUCCAGAAUCAGCGAAAAGUGAUUUUCUCUUCUUGAAGCCAUGCGAGGCCAAGUUUUGGAAAUUAAUUGAAUGCGGAACAAUGGCGUACCCGCCGAGGAUUGUUUUCAUUGUGAUUGCUUGCAUGUUUCUCGCAUGUGCACCGGAUCUAAUCUCCGGGAAAAUUCGUUAUUCUCUUCCCGAGGAAAUGGAGCAAGGAGCAUUUGUUGGGAAUAUCGCUCAAGAUUUGGGAUUGAAUGUACGGAAUUUGUUAGCUCGCGAAUUUCGACUGAGCUCUGAUGACAGAGGACGGUACAUGCAGGUUAAUAUGGAUAAUGGGCUGUUGACCAUUGGUGAAAGAUUCGACAGGGAACGUAUUUGUGGACAAGCAGGCAUGUGUACUAUACCUUUCGAAAUAAUACUGGAAAAUCCGUUGGAGGUGCAUCGUGGGGAAGUGGAGAUUCUUGACAUAAAUGACAAUCCCCCCAAUUUCCGGGUCAGUAACAUUGCGUUGCAGAUAUCCGAAGCGAUAACAGCGGGAGUACGCUUCCGUCUCAAGAAUGCAGAAGAUCCCGAAGUUGGAAUAAAUACUGUCGCUGGCUACUCAGUCAGUUCGAGUGGGUACUUUAGACUGAUAACACAGAGAACCGAGGACAGUAUUAUAAACGCCGAGUUGCUGUUAGAGAAAUCUUUGGAUCGAGAGCUACAAUCAUCUUUGCAGCUGGUGCUGACAGCUACGGAUGGUGGGAAGCCUCAGAGAUCCGGCACAGUUCAGAUUCUCAUUACUGUAUUGGACGUCAAUGAUAAUCCACCUGUAUUCGAGCGUGACGCUUACAGGGGCAGCCUACCUGAAAAUGCACCAAAAGGACACUGUAAAGUGCUGAUCAAGGUCAUUGAUGUGAACGACAACGCACCCGAGAUAAAGGUGAUGUCCGUCACGAACAAAAUCACAGAAGAUGCUCCACCAGGAACCAUCAUCGCCCUGAUUGAUAUUAUUGAUCGUGAUUCAGGAGAGAACGGUCAAAAUUCCUAUGUUUCUUACUCCUUUAUGGACAAUCAUAGCCAAAACUUGCCUGUGUCCACUUACCUCAGCAUUAAUUCAAUGAACGGGACCAUCAACGCGCUGCGCUCCUUUGACUACGAGGAGCUCAAAACCUUCCAGAUCCAUGUUCAAGCCCGUGACGCUGGAGUGCCCCCGCUGAGCAGCAGCGGUACAGUGAAUGUGAUCAUCCUGGAUCAAAAUGACAACGCUCCGGUAAUUGUUUCACCUUCAGCACAGAGUGGAUCAGCAGCAGUGGAAAUUGUGCCCCAGUCCGCCGGCCAAGGGUACCUGGUCACCAAGAUAAUUGCAACUGAUGCAGAUUCUGGUUAG